CGAGUUCAGUUCGGGCUACAAAGUUGCGUGGAGCAAGGAAGAAAAACGAGGAAUCCAGGAAAAGUAUACCAAAGUUUGUCAUGGCUGCGACGGUGUGGACAGGCCGUACUCGGCAGGCAGUGACAACCCUAGGGACGGUGACAAGAGCCAGUCACUCAGCUGUCAAGUCCCACUACGACGCGGUGAUCAUCGGAGGAGGACACAAUGGACUGGUAGCGGCAGCCUAUCUGCAGAAGGGUGGGCUGAAGACAGCAGUUCUGGAACGCAGACAUGUUCUGGGAGGGGCGGCAGUGUCGGAGGAAAUCAUCCCAGGUUUCCAUUUCUCCCGGUGUUCCUAUCUCCUCAGCCUGCUCAGACCACACAUCUUCAGAGACCUGGAGCUCAAGAAACAUGGACUGAAGUUGUACAUGCGGGACCCCCAUGCCUUCACCCCAAUGUUGGAGGGGGGGGUAGGGGGUUUCCCCCCUCGGUCUCUACUGCUGGGCUCAGACCUGGCCAUGAACCAGAGGGAGAUCGGCAAGUUCUCUGAGACAGACGCCAAGGCGUACCCAGAGUUUAUAACCCACCUGGAUAAGUUAGCGGUGGCCAUCCACCCCCUCCUGGACUCGCCCCCAGUAGACAUCGCAGGGUUAACCGGGGGGGCCCUGAGGAGGAGGAUUGCAGCACUGAGGAGUGCCUUGCCUCUUGUCCAAUGUGGCUUGAAACUGGGCAAGAACAUUCCAGACUUCUAUGAGAUCAUAACUGCACCAAUAAUGAAGAUCCUGAACCGUUGGUUUGAAUCUGAGCCUCUUAAAGCCACACUGGCUACAGAUGCUGUGAUAGGAGCUAUGACCAGCCCUAACAGCCCUGGCAGUGGGUAUGUCCUCCUUCAUCAUGUAAUGGGGGAGCUGGAGAAGGAGAAGGGUGCGUGGGGUUAUGUGGAGGGGGGCAUGGGAGGGGUGUCCAAGGCCAUUGCUAGCUCUGCCCGCUCCCACGGAGCGGACAUCUUCACUGAUCAGGAUGUGCAUCAGGUCUUGGUUGGGUCAGAUGGCAGUGCCAAGGGGGUGGUCCUGAAAGAUGGCACAGAGAUCUACAGCAGAGUGGUACUGUCCAACGCUACACCCUACGUCACAUUUAAAACACUCACCCCUCAGAGUGCUCUUUCUCCAGCGUUCAUCAAAGCUGUAGAUCAGAUAGACUACACCUCCCCUGUCACUAAGAUUAAUGUGGCAGUGGAUAAGCUUCCUAACUUUUUAGCGGCCCCCACACCAGACGGCAAGCCUGGCCCACACCACCAGUGUUCUAUCCACCUCAACUGUGAGAGUGUGGAGGUGUUACAGACAGCCUACGAAGACUGCAAGGAGGGACGGCCCUCGUUCAGGCCCAUGAUCGAGAUGACCAUUCCAUCGGUGUUGGACCCAACUCUGGCGCCACCUGGUAGUCAUGUGGUGUUACUGUUCACCCAGUUUACACCAUAUAGUCUGGUGGGAGGGAGAGCGUGGACAGACCAGGACAGAGAGGCCUUUGCAGACUCCGUAUUUAGCUGGAUUGAGCAGUAUGCCCCUGGGUUCAAAUCCUCCAUUGUUGGCAAAGACAUCCUGACUCCCCCCGACCUGGAGAGGAUAUUUGGCCUAACUGGAGGGAAUAUCUUCCACGGAGCAAUGUCAUUGGAUCAGCUCUACCUCACUCGACCUCUGCCCUCCCUUUCAGACUACCGUUCACCAAUCAAAGGGCUUUAUCUUUGUGGCAGUGGCUCCCAUCCAGGUGGUGGAGUGAUGGGGUCUCCAGGGUGGAAUGCUGCUCUGGCUGCCAUGGCUGACCUGAAACGUGGCUGAAACCUUAACCCGCUCUGACGGGAUGAAGGGCGGGAGAUUUGGACGUCCAUGCCAAUACCUUAACACGGCCCUCCCAGUUGUAGGGGCUUCAUAGCCCGGUGCACUGUUUGGGCAGUUUUUAAAUGUACGAAUACUAAAAUGAUUUCCAAUGUGCAAACUCUUCCCACCCGGUGCCCUUGGUUAGCUAAAAUGAGUGCUCUGUUUCUAGAGGAACGAUCUCAGAUCCACAAACCUCAACUCUCAAUGAAGAAGCACAUAUCUCCAUCCAUUUCCAUCCACUUGUAUGGCACUGUGACACCAUGACACACACGUCUUUUAUUAAACAUUCAACUGAUUCCGACUGAUGACAUCCCAAAGUGAAGCUAAUUCAAUUUGUUAAUUUGACUUAACAAAAGCUCAAACUCAAAAGCUCUCAGCCUAAUGGAAGAAAAGAAUGUGCACUCCACAUCAGUGUUUCCCAACUCCAGUCCUCCUGUACCCCCAACAGCACACAUUUUUGUUGUAGCCUUGAAGAAACACACCUGAUCAACUCAUAGAGGGCUAGUUGACAAAUUGAUAAGGGUGCUUUAUCCAGGGCUACAUUUGAGGGUACUGGAAUUGGUAUACACUGCUCUACGUGACACACACAAUUAAUCUUCUGCAAAAAAAACAAAAAAAACAUGAGAUAAACAAAAUAGAAGUAAUAGUAUGACAUCAAUUACUGUUUUGAUUGUGUUAAACAUUGAAAUGUAUGUGUGUUUUGUGAAUAAAACUUACCAGAGGAAUCUUUAAAAUCCA